CCGCCUGCGCAGGCUCAGACUAGUCGCUUCCAGCUGGGUGGCGGGAAAGGCUGCGACCCCGUACGUCAGGGCUGCUGGCUCUGCGAGGCUUCAGAGGACUCGCGGAGGGCGGGGGUGGAGAGAAUGCUUCCAAUGCAGAACGAGGUGCAGCUGAAGAUGUCUAGAGGACAAGAUUGAUGAAUAUUCCUGAUCUUCCACAGGAGUGGUCCCACAGGCCUCGCCGUCUCCAUCUGCCAUCUCCACUGCCAUCCCAUUCUGCUGGCUGGGCCUCUGGUGUAUGGACUUAUACAUAAUGAACUGUGAACUUCUAGCCACAUGUAGUGCCCUUGGAUACUUGGAAGGAGGCACUUACCACAAGGAGCCCGAUUGCCUGGAGAGUGUGAAGGAUUUGAUCCGAUACCUGAGGCACGAGGAUGAGACCCGAGAUGUGCGGCAGCAGCUGGGAGCCGCACAGAUCCUGCAGAGCGACCUCCUGCCCAUCCUCACGCAGCACCGCCAGGACAAGGCUCUCUUCGAUGCUGUGAUCAGGCUGAUGGUAAAUUUGACUCAGCCAGCCUUGCUCUGUUUUGGCAGUGUGCCUAAGGACCCCAGUGUACGACACCAUUUUCUGCAGGUUCUAACCUACCUCCAGACCUACAAAGAGGCCUUUGCCAGUGAGAAGGCAUUUGGAGUCCUCAGUGAGACCUUAUAUGAGCUGCUGCAGCUGGGCUGGGAAGAUCGACAAGAAGAAGACAACUUGCUGAUCGAACGGAUCCUCCUGCUGGUCAGAAAUAUUCUCCAUGUCCCAGCCAAUCUUGAGCAGGAGAAGAGGAUCGACGAUGAUGCCAGUGUCCAUGACCGGCUCCUCUGGGCGAUUCACCUCAGUGGCAUGGACGACCUGCUCCUCUUCCUGUCCAGCUCCUCCGCCGAGCAGCAGUGGAGCCUCCAUGUGCUGGAGAUUGUCUCCCUCAUGUUCCGAGACCAGAACCCUGAGCAGCUAGCCGGGGUAGGGCAGGGACGCUUGGCUCAGGAGCGAAGCACAGAUGUGGCAGAAUUGGAGGUGCUGCGCCAACGGGAGAUGGCAGAGAAGAGAGCUCGGGCCCUCCAGCGCGGAAACAGGCACUCUCGUUUUGGGGGAUCCUACAUUGUACAGGGGUUGAAGUCUAUUGGGGAGAGGGAUGUCGUCUUUCACAAAGGCCUUCACAACCUCCAGAACUAUAGCUCAGAUCUGGGAAAGCAGCCCAGGAGGGUGCCUAAGCGUCGCCAGGCUGCCCAGGAGCUGUCCAUCUAUCGCCGCUCUGUCCUGAAUGUGAGGCUCUUCCUCAGAGACUUCUGCUCCGAGUUCCUGGAGAAUUGCUACAACCCGCUCAUGAGUGCCGUCAAGGAUCACCUGCUUCGUGAGAGAGCUCAGCAGCACGACGAGACAUACUACAUGUGGGCUAUGGCUUUCUUCAUGGCCUUCAACCGAGCUGCUGCCUUCCGCCCUGGCUUUGUUUCUGAGACCCUCAGUGUCCGUACUUUUCACUUUGUGGAGCAGAACCUCACCAACUACUAUGAGAUGAUGCUAACGGACCGCAAGGAGGCCGCCUCCUGGGCACGCAGGAUGCACCUGGCCCUGAAGGCCUACCAGGAGCUGCUUGCCACGGUGAACGAGAUGGACGCGUGCCCAGAUGAGACUGUUAGAGAGAGCAGUCGCAUCAUCAAAAACAAUAUUUUCUAUAUGAUGGAGUACCGAGAACUAUUCCUGGCGCUCUUUCGAAAGUUUGAUGAGAGAUACCAUCCACGCUCAUUCCUUCGUGAUCUGGUGGAAACCACCCACCUGUUCCUCAAAAUGUUGGAGCGCUUUUGCCGGAGCCGUGGGAACCUGAUAGUGCAGAACAAAAGGAAAAAGAGGAAAAAGAAGAAGAAAGUUCAGGACCAGGAUGUUGCUUUCUCACACAGUCCUGGGGAACUGGAGGCCAUGUGGCCAGCCCUGGCAGAGCAGCUGCUGUUGUGUGCCCAGGACCCUGAGCUCAGUGUGGACCCCAUCGUUCCCUUUGAUGCAGCCUCAGAGGUGCCAGUGGAGGAGCAGCGAGUAGAAGCCAUGGUGAGGAUCCAAGACUGCCUUACAGCUGGCCAGGCCUCGCAAGCCCUGGCCCUCCUGCGGUCUGCCCGGGAGGUGUGGCCUGAAGGGAACGUGUUUGGCCCUCCAGUCAUUUCCCCAGGGGAAGAAAUGCAGUUGCUCAAACAAAUCCUCUCUGCGCCCCUUCCCCGGCAGCAGGAGUCGGUAGAAGGAGAUGCAGAGGAGGAAGAGGAAGAAGAGGAGGAAGAGGAAUUACAGGUGGUCCAGGUGUCAGAGAAGGAGUUUAACUUUUUGGACUACCUGAAACGCUUCGCAUCCUCAACCAUCGUGAGGGCCUAUGCGCUUCUCCUGCGGAGCUACCGGCAGAACAACGCUCACACCAACCACUGCAUCGCCAAGAUGCUGCACCGGCUGGCCCAUGACCUGGGGAUGGAAGCUCUGCUUUUCCAGCUCUCCCUGUUCUGCCUCUUCAAUCAGCUGCUUAGUGACCCAGCUGCUGCAGCCUACAAAGAGCUAGUGACUUUUGCCAAAUACAUCCUUGGAAAGUUCUUUGCUUUGGCUGCAGUGAACCAGAAAGCGUUUGUGGAGCUGCUGUUCUGGAAGAACACCACGGUGGUUCGGGAAAUGACCCAGGGAUAUGGCUCCCUUGACAGUGGGUCUUCCAGCAACAGAGCCCCUGUGUGGAGCCCUGAGGAAGAAGCCCAGCUUCAGGAACUGUACCUCGCCCACAAGGAUGUAGAAGGCCAGGAUGUAGUGGAAACCAUCUUGGCUCACCUGAAAGCCGUCCCUCGAACACGCAAGCAGGUCAUCCACCAUCUGGUACGGAUGGGCCUGGCCGACAGUGUCAAGGACUUCCAGAGGAAAGGGACCCAGAUUGUCUUGUGGACGGAGGACCAGGAGCUGGAGUUACAGCGGCUCUUUGAGGAGUUCCAGGACUCCGAUGAUGUUCUUGGUGACAUCAUGAAGAAUAUCACAGCCAAACGUUCACGAGCUCGAGUAGUGGAUAAACUGUUGGCCCUGGGGUUGGUGUCUGAACGGAGGCAGCUAUACAAGAAACGGAGAAAGAAGUUGGCGCCCUCCUGCAUGCAGAAUGGAGAAGAGUCCCAGAGAGAUUCCUGGCAGGAAGAUCCAGAAGAGGAAGAAGAACACUUGCUAGAGGGCCAGAGUGAAGAUGAGGAGCGUGAGGAGGGCUUGCCAGCAGGACAGGCUCAGGGCAGCUCAUCUCUCUCUGCUGAGAACAUCAGUCAGAGCCUGCGUCAGGAAGGCCUCUCUGCUCCCCUCCUGUGGCUCCAGAGCUCCCUGAUUCGUGCAGCAAAUGACCGAGAAGAAGAUGGCUGCUCCCAGGCAAUUCCUCUAGUACCUCUGACAGAGGAAAAUGAGGACGCAAUGGAGAAUGAACAGUUUCAGCAUCUGCUACGCAAGCUCGGGAUCCGGCCACCCAGCUCAGGGCAGGAAACCUUCUGGCGAAUUCCAGCCAAACUGAGCUCCACCCAGCUUCGGAGAGUGGCUACUUCUUUGAGUCAUCGAGAAAACAAGGAGGAAGAGGGACCAGAGCCAAAUCCAGGAGUCCCUGGAGAACAGAGUCCUAGUGAGGAGCACCGAGCUGAAGCCCAGGAGGCUACUGGGGAGGAAAAGUGGAGAUCAGCGCCCAAGAAGAGGCAGCUGCUGGACAGCGAUGAAGAUGAAGAUGAUGACGGGAGGAGGCAAGCAGCAGUGUCGGGAACUCCAAGAAUCCACAGGAAGAAACGGUUUCAGAUUGAGGAUGAAGAUGAGGAUGACUGAAAAGCCCUGACCGAAGCACAGAAGCUACUCUGCCUGUGUCGAAAGCAAUCUCCUCUACGUUGACAGCCCAGAAGUUGAGGCAGCAGUGUUGGGUGGAGUCUCUGCAGGCAGUCCUUGCCCCAGGUUCAUCAGUGUGCACAGCGGGCCUCUCGAUCUGUCUCGUAAGAAGUGAAGAAUGGUGAGGUGUUGAAGGUGGCCUGGACCUCUCUCUGGACUGCAUCUUCAGACAGGGAGCUUUAUAACACAGGACACAGGGGUGCAUACCGUCCUCACAGGGCACUGGAUUCUUCCCAUUUUCUUUCCCGUGGUUGAUCCAGGACACCUGAUUGAGCCCAUUUCUACAGUUGAGGUAGAGUUGGGAUACACUACUCUCAAGCUGACGAACAUCCUUGACUUGUGAUUCUUAUUAAACAUGUAAAAUUAACAGUUGCUGAUCGCAGAGUGACCAGCCAGUUAUCUGUUGUGUCUUUAGAAGAACUUUAAGGUAAAGUUAAAAGACAUUUUCUGAACUGAGCUUCUGAUCCCAGUGUGUGGGAGACAGAGGCAAGAGGAUUGCCAUGAGAGAGAGGGAGAAGAGUAAUAUACAUGUACCAGUUUGACAAUAAAUGUAAUUUUAAAGAGAGA